AUGGCAACCAGGGCAUUUCUCAAGUAUCUGAAUGGUCAACCCGAUCUCAGAAAGCUUAAGCUCGUGGUUUAUGGUGGCAUUGGGGUGUAUGUCUGGUCCAACACUUUCUACAGUGUCCAGGGAGGGCAUCGUGCCAUUUUGUUCAAUCGUCUGUCUGGUGUUAAGGAUAAGGUUUAUGGGGAGGGAAUGCACAUCCGCUGGCCAUUUUUGGAGAAACCAAUCCAUUAUGAAAUCCGUGCUCAACCUCAUCUUAUAGAGAGCAUAUCAGGAACCCGUGACUUGCAAACGGUGAAGGUUGUCAUCCGCAUUCUGAGUCGUCCCAUAGCCCCAAACUUGCCAGAGAUUUACCGAACUGUUGGACAUGACUAUGAUGAAAGGGUGAUGCCAUCAGUUGUGCAAGAAGCUAUCAAGACUGUUAUAGCUCGCUACAAUGUCAGUGAACUCGUUACUCAGAGAAAUAAGGUGAGUGAAGAGAUAUGGGAUGUGCUGAAAAAGAGAGCGAUGAUGUUUAAGAUAACUCUGGAUGAUGUGUCCCUAAUCCACGUGAGCUUCGGGACGGAAUUCACCACUGCGGUGGAGGCUAAGCAGGUGGCUGCACAAGAGGUGGAGAGGGUCAAGUUCGUGGUCGAGAAGGCUGAACAGGAUAAGAAGAGUGUCAUCAUCAGAGCGGAGGGGGAGGCCAAGAGUGCUGAGUUGAUUGGUACAGCUAUGGAGUCGAACCCUUCAUUUAUCACACUGAGGCAGAUUGAAGCGGCGAAAGAGAUUGCACAUACUGUGGCAGAGGGAGAGAACAAGGUGUAUCGUUGCUCGAGCGAUUUGCUGCUCAACCUCCGCAAGCAUUAG